AUGGGAGCAGGCAGUGCCAGGCUGGCUCCACCCUGGAGAACCAGAUCUGAGUUGGACGACGACUACUAUCCUCAAGGUGGCUGGGACACGGCCUUCCUGGUCACACUGCUGGUGGUGGGGCUGCCGGCCAAUGGGCUCAUGGGAUGGCUGGCGGGCUCCCAGGCCCGGCACAGGGCUGGCAAGCGUCUGGCCCUUUUCCUGCUCAGCCUAGCCGUCUCAGACUUCCUCUUCCUAGUGGCCACUGCCUUCCAAGUCAUGGAGAUUCGGCUGCAGGGGCACUGGCCCCUGGGCACGGCUGCCUGCCGCUUCUACUACUUCCUCUGGGGCAUCUCCUACUCCUCAGGCCUCUUCCUGCUGGCCGUCCUCAGCCUCGACCGCUGCCUGAUGGCAUUGUUGCCUCGGUGGUAUCCCUGCCGCCGCCCAUCCCGCCUGCCCCUCUGGCUGUGUUCAGGGGCCUGGGUGCUUGCCACCCUCUUCAGUGUGCCCUGGCUCAUCUUUCCCGAGGCCAACGUGUGGUGGUAUGACCUCGUCAUCUGCCUUGACUUCUGGGACACUGAGGAGCUGCCCCUGAGGGUGCUGGAGAUCCUUGGUGGGCUGCUGUUCUUUCUCCUCCUCCUGGGCUCUCAUGUGCUGACCCAAAUCCAAGCCUGCCGGCUCCGCCGCCAGCAGCCUCGGGACGCCAGAGCGGGGACCCGCCUGGCCGGCUUCUCCCGCGUGGCCGCCACCAUCCUGUCUGCCUACGUUGUCCUUCGUCUGCCCUACCAGCUGGCCCAGCUGCUCUACCUGGCUUACCUGUGGGACGCCUACGCUGGCUACUUCCUCUGGGAAGCACUGGUCUACUCUGACUACCUGCUCGUGCUCAACAGCUGCCUGAGCCCCUUCCUCUGUGUCUUGGCCAGUGCCAACAUCCGUGCCCUCCUUCACUCCAUGCUCUCCUCCUUUGCUGCCGCCCUGGCGGAGGAGCAAUUCAGGGGCAUCAUGCCUGCAGCCUCACCACCACCUCAGCCAGAGCCAGCAGUGCAGCUCCAGCCCACUCCCACCACUCAGCCCCAGCCCCAGCCCCAGCCCCAGGUGAACCCCAUGGCCCAGGUCCAGGUGAACCCUACUGCCCAGCCCCAACCAAACCUGGCAGAUCAACCUCCUACAGCCAACCUUCCAGCUCAAUCCUCUGAACUUCCCCCUACCUCAACCUCUGAACCCUGUGAAGGACCCACAACUAGUCUACCCACAGAACAGCCCACAACAGUUGCCCCAGAAGAGCAGGUCAUGCCCCCUGCCCCCGAGGGGGAGAGCUCUGGGGAUGCACCUCCAGAGACAUCCCCUACCCAUGGCCCCCCUUGA